GAUCCUCCGGCGCAUUCCAUUGCUCACUUGUCUCCCUGUCUCGCGAACUCCAUUCAACUUCCAAAACCAAAACGACAAGAAAACCACUGACAGUCUGGCAGAUCUUCCUCUCCUAUGAGACUAACAGACACUCUUUACGCAUAGAUAAGUAACAGCACAUUACAGUUAUGAGAUGAAUACUGGAAAUUAGUGUUCAAGUGGUACACGAAGGAAGUUAUCGGCAGGAUAUGGUGUAUUAAAGAACAUCACAGAAGACCGUUAAGUCUGUGGUCAUGUCUGAUAACACAAUUGUAACGGGUCUCGGGCAUAACAUGUCUGUGAUGGCUGAAGAUGUGGAUGCGUCCAUUUUCUAUUUACCAGAACCACAGGCUGCAUCAACAGCUGCCAAUAAGACGUCAAG